AUGACCGACAGUGAUGUGGCAAACAAACUGGACCGAUACUAUGGACGAUGGCACAAAUUGGAUUGCAACCGAGUUGCGUUCAAAGAAGUCGCGCUAGCUCGGGACACAGCUUUGUGCGUUGUUGAAUUACCACUGCAUCUACCUGCUCUCAAGCCUAUAAUUCUCGCCCAACACGAUCCUACCACAAGGCGAACGCCACCUUAUGGCCAUGAUGGGAAAUCUGCUGGGCGACCCUCCGAAAUGCAAGUUCGGAACUGGCAGGCUAGGAUGAGUCUUCCACCACCAUCAUUGUUUCCUUCACAUUCCGCAUUGUCUUCAAGCGCGAAACCCAAGCGAACCGCAGAAAGGCAUGUCAAAUUCUCGUUGCCGGAUGAAGACGUCAAAAGACAAAUCGGUCUUUACUCGUCUUGGCCUGUGAAGGAGUUGAUCCCACAGCGGCUCUAUUUUACUGUGUUCGACGGUCCCCUUAUCACUGAUCCCACGGCGAGGAGGAAGCCUAUACUACUGAACAUAGAUAACGAACUCGUCUAUAACAGGUUUUACAAGGACUUCGGGCCGCUCAACUUGGCACAGAUCACAACAUACCUACUCGAAUUGAGAUCUUUACUCGAAAGCGGCGCUCGUGAGGAUAGACCAGUGGUACACUACUGCAGCAGUCACCCAGAGAAGCGUCCGAAUGCGGUCCUCCUAGUCUCUGCAUAUCUGAUGUUUUUCCAUAAGCUCUCUCCAGCAGAGGCACUGGACCGUGUUGAAAGUGGAUACCCAAGCGUGAUGCCUUUCAGAGAUGCCUCGAUAGGAGACUGCCCUUAUCCCUGCACUAUUCUCGACUGCCUCUGCGGUCUACAGUACGCUUACCUGCUGGGUUGGUACGAUCCAUGCAGGUUCGAUAUCAAUGAGUACAACUACUAUGCCAGUCUCCAGAACGGCGAUCUAAAUUGGAUAAUACCAGGAAAAAUAUUGGCCUUUUCGAGCCCUCAAAAUGAACGAAGGGAUAAUCGUGGUUUCCCGGCCCACAUACCGGAGGAUUUCCACGCCGUAUUCAAGUCGAUGGGUGUUGAACUCAUCGUCAGAUUGAACGAUAAAUUGUAUGAUCGGAAUCGCUUCACUUCGGCAGGAUUCGCCCACAUGGACCUCUACUUCCCCGACGGGACUUGCCCAUCACAAUCCAUAAUGAGUUACUUCUUCAAUGCUGUCGAGUCUAUACCAUCUGGUGUGAUAGCUGUGCAUUGUAAAGCGGGCUUGGGCCGUACUGGCUGCCUCAUUGGUCUCUAUGCUAUGAAGCGAUAUGGGUUUCGAGCUCGAGCAUGGAUCGGUUGGAACAGAAUCUGUCGCCCAGGAUCUAUUCUGGGCCAUCAGCAACAGUUCUUAUGUGAUGUCGAGCAUGGAAUGCGAACUCCGCAGCUCAACAAGGUGCCGACGUUAUUGACCACGAUCGACCCUGAUAGAUAUGAGGUGGAUAUAGGUCAAGGCGAGAGGCUUAUGGCUGCUAAGCAGAAGACGGAAAUGACGAGACUCGGUGCUAACAAGAACAGCAUCAGUGCAAUGCUGCGGCUGAGUGCUGGCUCAUACUAG